AUGAGGGAGCCUGCGGUAACCACUCUGGAGGAACGGCUCUGCCCGUGGCCAUUCGCCAAAUGGGGCAUAGAUUUUAUUGGCCUACUCCCAAAAGGAAGAGGAAGCGCUACUUCUGCUAUUGUUGCCAUUGACUACUUCACCAAGUGGGUUGAAGCUGAACCUCUAGCAAAAAUCACUGAAGUGAACACCACAAAGUUUGUUUGGAAAAAUAUCAAUUGUAGGUUCGGCAUUUCCCACUCUUUAGUGUCUGAUAACGGAAGUGACAAAACUAUCAAGCAUACACUAAAAAGGAAGCUUGAUGCCUUGAAAGGGGUGUGGGUCAAUGAACUUUCCCAUGUCCUCUGGGCCAUUCGAACGACCAGCCGAACUAUAACAGGUGAAACACCCUUCUCCAUAACCUGUGGAUCUGAAGCCAUGAGUCCUGUCGACGUGGGUGUCCCCUCUCAUCGUCUGAUGCAUUUCAAUGAGAUUAGCAACGAUGAAGCUCAAAAAUUGAACUCUUCGUUUGGGGGACCUCGUCCUUGGAAGGGCCUUCUAAUCAUCGAAGCCAACUGGGUCCGGAGUGUUUGGACCGAACUGGGAAGUAGAAGACAAUGUUAUAAAAGACUAAGUUAUAAUACCUCAGUUCUCCACUAUGUUAUAUGGUUUAAUCAACUUGUACCUCAGUUCUUCAGUAUUUUAUGUGGAUCAGUUCUUCUGUCAUCAACUGGUUAUUAUUGGUAA